AUGGUUCCACCAAAUACACCAGUUAUUGACCCACGUUCCUUUCGUUCUUUUUGUUUUCGAGGUGAAGGUCGUGCCAAUUUUGUGAUUAGUGCAAAAUGUGAAAAAACAGGUUUAAGGAUAGCGUGGAGAUUGACAAAACAACGCAAAUCGGGAAAUGUAACGACGAAACCAAAAUGUCAUGUUGUUAUUGCAUAUUUGGAGAAGUUAAUUGUGCCUUUCCUUGGUCGACAGUUUCUUGUUAAACCUAAAGUUGUUGAAAUUGACACCGAAUCUCUGCAUCAUCUUGCCAAAAUCCCUGCCCUUCCGUUCAAUUUAAAGAUUGAAACAUUUGAUGAAUUGUGCGACUCAAAGAAAUAUCCGUCCACGAUGAGCUUCUUUCCGUUUUGUUGUCCAAAGAGUAUUCGUUAUGUGAGCAUUUUGCAAAUGAUGGAUGCUACAAGAAUUCCGAAAUGUUUAUCAUCACGCUAUUUUGGUCCAACAAUUACGGUGGAAAUUAAGCCCAAACAGGGUUUUAUGCAGAAUCAUCCUGGUAUCAGCGUACCAUACUGCAACAACUGCAUAUUACAGCUGGAAAAGUGCCAUUCGGAUGCCUUCGAACAGAUGUACGAUUUUUGUCCGUUGGAUUUGUUCAGCGGUGAUUUAAAACGAAUGCGUAAGGCACUUAACUCAUUAUUCGUCGUACCACAUCGAAAUCUACGAAUUUUUCUCGAUGGAAGUUUAAUACAUUCAGAUGAACAUCAGUUGACGAGCGAACAACUUCAUGAAUUACUUUUUCGUGAUACUUCUGUUUCUGUUCAACAGUUAAUCACUGCCUUAUGUUGCAUUUUGGUGAAUGCACCAUCGGACGAUUUAUUUGCUGUGCAUGAUUCAGGUGUUCUCACUAAGUUACUCAAUGGACAGCGAAUUGAUACGAUUGGUAUAGUUCGUGCUUACCAAAUUUAUACAAACCUUUCAGAAACAAUGCAGAAAGAACUGCUGGAUAAAUGUUUGCUACCAAAGAAAGAUGUUACAUUCCUGCAUCAGAACACAGAUCGUGCUCUGGUUGAACGUUAUCUCUUAGCUGCCACAAUGAAGGAUUGUUCGUUGAUGAUUAGUAUGCGAUUAGUUGAUCCAGUUGCUUUUGCCACUCAAAAUGUUCAGUCAUCCAGACAGCAAAUUGUGCGAGUUGUCGGAUCUAGCUAUACCAGUUUUGCAUAUUCCGUAAAAAUUGUGGAUCUUGAUCCAAAGUCACCAAAAAAUUUGUUAAAUGCUUAUAAUCGUUUUAUGGACGGUGUUAGAUUAAUAGAAAAGACACCUAAUUUACGCAGGCGACCAUGUGUUCCUUAA